AUGACAUAUAGUAAGGAGCUAUUAAGAAAAUUGGCUCCAUUAUGUGAGUUAACUCUAUAUAGUUCAGAUUUGGAUACGAACUUACUAAAAAAAGUGGUUUUUGAGGCAACAAAAGUAGAUGAAUUAGCACCAGUUGUAAUUUCCACGUAUCCUCAAUUUGUUCCAGCAGUUAAGCAUGCAAUUUCUAAAGAUGCGAAAACUUUAAUUUCAACCGUUGUAGCAUGGCCAAAAGGUGAUGGGUGUGAAGAAGCAAUAAGAGCAGAAAUUUAUAAUGCUGUAGAAUAUUACAAAGUUCAUGAAGUUGAAUAUGUAAUUGAUUAUAGUUAUAACCUAUUAUUAGAUCAAAUGGAAAAAGUCAUCGAUGAAAUCAGUAGAGUGAAGUCUCUAGUGGGGACUCAGACAAUUUUAAAAGUUGUAUUGGAAAUUGAAGAAGUGCGUGAACUACCAAAAAUAGCAUCACUAGUUAGAUGUGCUAUACUAGGUGGUGCAGAUUUUAUUGUAACAUGUACUGGUAAAAGUGGUCACUGCUUAUCUCCUGAAAAGUUACAAUCUGUAUUAACAGAGAUUGCUCAUGCAAUAAAUGGUGAAACACCAUGUGAUAAGGAAGUUGCAGCUGGAACUGAUGAAGAAUUACUGAAGGAGCUUCAUAUUUACUGUGAAGAAUGCUUUAACUCUGGUUCGCUUGUCCUCCCAAAUAGACUAAGACAUCUACAAACUAGGCAUGUAGGAUUGAAACUGCAAGGAGGUGUUAGUUCUAUUGAAACUGCGAUGGGAUUCAUUAGACAGGUUGAGCGUUCUUUAGGAGAUGAGUUUACAUCUUCCUCGGUUACUUUCAGAAUUGGAUCCUCUACUUUGCAUCCAUUGAUAAUAGAUGAGGUUAUGGGACUUGAUAAUGAACUCAGAAUAGUCCAUACAUUAGGUAUAAAGCAAUCAACUUACGGAGAAGUAGAAGAUACAAUUCAAGAUGAGUUAUAUAGCUCAAGAAAUGAAUCUAGUAAAGUUCCCAGCCCUCAAAUAGAGGAGUCCGAAGAAGUGGGAGAAGAUAACCUAAGAAAUAUUAGUCAAAAAAAUAUUUCAAAUCUAAAUUCUGAGACUAAAACUAGUCUCAAUAGUGAAGGUUCAAAAGCUAUUCCUAUUGAGUACAUGUUAAAUUAA